GCCCUGGCUGGCAACACAGCCGGCGCUAAGCCAAGAAGAGGACAGGCCUCCGCCUGGCGAGAAGAUCAAGAAGCUGCUUGCGAAUGGCGAUGAGAGGGCCGCUAGAGAGCUUCGUCUUCAAGUUCUCUGGACACGCCAGCUCGGAGAAGAGCUGGUAGUUGGGGGGGCGCCAGUGGUCAAGACGAUAGAUGACUGCUUGGAUCCCGAGAGGGCAUAUGAGUUGUUGCCCGGAAGCGCUAUGCCGGCGGACUUGGUCGACUACCUGCUGGUGCUAAGGGACGAGCCUUGCGUUCGGACAGUCCCCGAUAGCCUGCUAAAAGCUGUCUCCUGGAUGGAAAAGUUGGCGGAGUUCAAGUUGCUCCGCGCUACAGGAUUGGCUUGGGCGGCCAAGGAUAAGAUUGUGGCCAUCGAGAGAGUGGUCCUCGACGAUAGCGAGCCGACAGGCUUGCGUGUCUAUGCUUGGGCCAAGUUGGUCAAGGUCUGGGCGUCGCUAAGGUGGUCAGAUCUCCAAGCCAUCCGCCCUGGAGAGCUGAAGCUAGUGGAGGGCCGACUGGUCACCACGCUACGCCGGACCAAGAUGUCUGGACCGAAUGGUUGGCGACCUUUGGCCGAGACUGCUUGCUACCUAAGCUGA